UUUUUUUUUCCCCCCUCCCAGCCAUUUUUUUUCCUGCUCAUUUUUCCUGCACGUCACCGGGACCAGCAUCGGGCCAACACUGACAUCAAGUGGCUGCUGGGAUCCCUCACAUUCCAGGGCCGUAUCCUGCCUCUGGGAGCAGCCCGGCAUCACCCCCACGGCCUCAUCCUGCCCUGCCGAGGGGCUCGGAGCCAAGCAGGGUCGGGAGCCACCACCGGCGAUGCCGGACAUCAUCCCGGCCGUGUCCCCACCGCCAGGCAGGAUGCGGCCAGCCGCGCUCCAUCACCGCCCCACUGCCUGUCCCCAGCCAGGCCACCGCCGUGUCCUUACUCCUGUCCCCAGCGUGCCCGGCCACGGCAGUCGAUAUCCCAGCGGGGUCGCGCUGAGCGCGCUGACGGCAUCGCCGAGCCGGGAGCAUCCGCCACAUCCCUCGCCCACGAGUGGGGACCCCCUUCCCGCCCGGGCCACGGCACCCCCACCCCGCGGCUCUGCCCCGCCGGUGGCAAGGUCACGGUGACGGGCGAGCGGUGAGGCGGCGGUGGCUCUGCCAUCACCCCGGCGCUGGGGACGCUUGUCCCCGACGCUCUGCCGGCGGCCGUGGACUUUGCACGGAGCGUGGGAGCGGCGGCGGCGACGCUUCUGCUGGCGCUGGCAGAGCCCCGCAACGCCCGCGAGACCCGGCUUGGGACAGCAGCAGGGGAAACUGAGGCACGGCAGCGCCCUGGGUGCCGGAGUGACCGUGCAGUCCUGCUUUUGCGGAAAAAAAGGCUGGAAAACCCCAUUUUUCCUUCAAACCACCGGCUUCAGAGGCCCGGAGGAGUUUUGCAACACCGCAUUCCCCUUCAUCCCGGCUUCCCUGAACCCGGAGCCGAGUUCAGCCGGGGAAGCCCGCAGCCCGGGGUGGGUUUUGGGGAGAGCGGUGGCUCCGGCGGGGUGUUGGCUGCAGGUGGAGCUCCCUGAUGGCUCCCCAGUGACCGGGAAGGAUCAGGGACCUGCUGGUGGCCUGGGACAGGACGGGACCGGACGGUGACAGAAAUGUGGCUUUUCCUGGGGAUUUCCUGGCUGAUGCAAGACGGGGCACGGGAAAAACGUUGGCUUUGAGCCGAAGGCGCUACUGGGAAGAGCUUGUCCCCACCUGGGGAGGGUCCUGGCUUUGGGAUCGGGUUGGGCCCCUUCCUGGGUCUCUCUGGGUCCAUCGGGAUGUCGGCUCCCGGGUGGGACGGGAGUGCGGGUCCGGGUGCGGAGAUGCCGGUGGUCUCGCACGGCAGGGAGACGGUGCGGGGCUCCGGGGAGAAGCCGGAGCGGACACACGGGCAUCGCCUGCCUCAGCACCCCCGGCCCUGCAUCCAGCACCCGUCCUGACCGCGCCGGCGCCCGCCGGGAACUGGUGGCACCACCAUGUCCCAGGCAGAAGGAGGCGAGGAGACCUUUGAAUACCGCGACGUGGUCGUCAACAGCCAGGAGAAGGUUUCGGACGUGUACACGCAGCUGGAGAAGCUGGGAGAGGGAAAAUUCGGGACGGUGUACCGGCUGCAGGAAAAAGCCACCGGCAAAAUCCGAGCCGGGAAAUAUUUCCGGACGCGGACGGCUAAAGAGAAGCAGGCGGCUCGGGCUGAGGUGGAGCUCAUGAACCUGCUGCAUCACCCGCGCCUCGUGCAGUGCCUCGCCGCCUUCCAGGGCCCCGCCGAGCUGGUGAUGGUGAUGGAGUAUGUGGCAGGCGGGAAGGGAUCCCGGCACUGUGGGGUGCUGGCGUGGGGGGUAGGAUGGAUGGAGAACCUGAAGACCCUGAAGAUCGUGGCAGGCGGGGAGCUCUUUGAGCGCAUCGUGGACGAUGACUUUGAGCACACAGAGCCCAGCAGCACCCAGUACAUGCGGCAGAUCCUGGAGGGGCUGCAGUUCAUGCAUGGCCAAGCCGUCGUCCACCUUGACCUCAAACCCGAGAACAUCGUCUGUGUCAGCCCCAGCAGCCACUGGCUCAAGAUCAUCGACUUUGGCUUGGCGCGGAAGCUGGCUCCAGAAACCCCUGUGAAGGUGUUGCACAGCACCCCUGAGUUCAUGGCUCCAGAAGUGGUCGCCUUUGAGCCCGUGGGCUUCUCCACGGACAUGUGGAGCGUUGGUGUCAUCUGCUACAUCCUGCUGAGUGGGGAGUCCCCCUUCCAGGGGGACAAUGACAUGGAGACGCUGAGCAACAUCACAGCUGCCCGGUGGGACUUCGAGGAGGAGACCUUCUCGGAGAUCUCCCAGCAGGCCAAGGACUUCAUCAGCCAGCUGCUGCAGAAGGACCCCUGCCGCCGUCUCUCCAGCACGGGGGCUCUGCUGCACCCCUGGCUGCAGCAGCCCCAGCCCAGCACCACCAAGGCGCUGUCGAAGGAGAGGAUCAGGCAGUUCUUGACGCGUCGGAAGUGGCAGAAAACAGGCAAAGCUCUGCUGGCCCUCAACAGGUUCACCCUGCUGUCCCAGAGCCCGGAGAGGAAAGCAUCGGAGGCUCAGGAUGAGGAAGACCUGGGCUGCAGCCCGGAGGAGAACCAAGCCUCUGGGUCUCUGCUCCAACGAGGACCCAGCUUCUCGGAGCUGCCGGCGAGCCAAGAGGAGGAGGAAGGUGGGAGCGCAGGGGAAGCAGAGGGCAGCGUCAGCGUGGCCAUGUCACCCCAGCCCCGGGCCACCUAGAGCAGCUGGUGAGUGAGGAGCGGGGAACGAUGGGGGUGACGCCUCCUCCAACAGCUCUGGGUAGACCCAGGGUUCCUCUCCUCUUGGUGAGCUCUAGGGUGCCACGGUGUCCCACGCUUGCUGUCCCCACCAAGGAACCAGCGAUCCUCUCUGCGUGGCCGCCUGUCACCAA